AUGAUCCAGGGACAACUUACUAAUGGUCGUCUAUCACGGCACUUCUGCGUCACCUACCGCUUCAUUCCAAUUGAGCGGACCAACGACCUCAUUCAUCGUGUCGGCGCUCGUGCAAUCAAAUUCUGGCUGUUUGAAAAGUUUAGUCGCAGGAGACAAGCAGAAGAUGCAUGCAAAUGGGCGGAUGCACGGAAGAGAAGACGCAAGGGGCAUGCAGUCGAGAUGCCUUCCCCUCACGAUUCCCCUCACGUGUCACAUGACCUCUCCUGGAAUAGAGGCAACGAUGUUACAUCAGCCAUGCAUUUCGAGAAAAUGCUUGUCGAAUUAGCCCUGCUGAAUGGGCUGAUAUAUUGGCAGCCUCUGAUGGAAAUUUACCUUGCAACAUGUGCUGCAGUGCGGUGUGCUGUAUGGGUUGCGUUGCGAAGAUUGAGUUUGAGCCAUGGCUUGGGGCUGCCGAAGCCACCAACAUGGGCUGCCGUUGCAGACUCGCUAUUUUUAUGUCAGAAGCCCUGGAGUCUAAUCGCGUAUACAGCGUGA